UCGACUGUGGACAUUAGUAACGACAUGCUGGUCCAACACAAUGCCGCGACAGAGCGAUAUAUUACCGAUGACUGUCAACAAAUGGCUAAUCACGGGGUGAUUCAAAGACCAAUCAUUUUAAGGAUUGUCUGAUCGAAACAAAACAUUGACGAAAAUGUUUUGUUUUCCACUUCGGUUAAAUUCCAUUCGACAACAGCCUCACGUGAAUCCUUCUGUCUUUUUAACUGUUACAGUUGUUUACCGUUUAUGUCACCGGGAUGUCCUGCAGAGUAAAACCAACGCUCAAUAGGCUGAGCCAAUCGGUUCACACCCAACACAAAUACCGCCCGAACAGAACGGACCGCCUGAGAAAAACCAACGCACACAUGUUGAUGGGUGUGGUUUCCUGGGCUUGGACCAAUCACUGCCCUCUUUCCACGGCGCCCACCAAAACAGCCCAGUUUGAAAUUCAAACGGCUGAAUACGAUAAAAGACUGCGGUGCAGACCGAAAAGUGUGUCCAGAUUAAGAGCAUGUCUCGUCUGCCAGUCAUGUCGAGCAAACGAGUCCUGACGAGAAACACCAGCUCUGAGAACGUCCAGGACUUCGCUCCGGCUCAGAAAAGGAUUCGUCGGGAUCAGGAGACUGUCAAACCCCAGGCUGCAGCCACAAUCAUCGGCGGCAGGAGGCCUGCUGUAGCUGCAGCCAGAGCACCGCUGGUGAAGCCAGUGAGGAGCGUUGGAGCUGCUACGGUGGCCGUUGGCCCCUCCAGAGGUGUCGUAAAGUCAUCGGUGGCGUCUGCUUCAGCGAAAGUCAACAUGAAACAACCUGCGGCGGCGGCCAAACCAGGCGGUGGAGCUCCCAACGCUCGAAACUCCCGAAAACCCUGGGACCUGAAGGGCAAGGUGAGCGACAUGGAGGGCAAGAUCGUCAACUACCAGACCAAGGUCAAAUCAGUCAACCAGGAGAACGAGGUUCUGAGAAGCUCGGUGGCCCAGACUAAGAUGAGGGCGGCUGAAAUGGAGAAGGAGCUUGAAUUACGAAGGAACCAGAUCAGUGAGUACGAAGAGGAGCUCCAGGCGCUGACGGGAGUCCGCGAUGAGCUGGAGCUGGUGUCCAGUGAGAAGAGCAGUCUGCAGGUGGAACUCUCUAACUUGGAGGGCAAAUACAAGGUGAUGGAGACACUGAGAGACAGCCAGGAGACGGAGCUCCAAACUCUCAAGAUGAAGCUUUCAGUGCAGGAGUCCACCCUGACCCGUGUACAAGAGACCCUCAGGGACACCCAGGAGGAGGUCCACUGUCUCAAAGAGACUGUAGCGCAGCAGAAGGACGAGCUUCACGCUGGAGAAAUGGAGCGCAGGAGGCUGCACAACACCAUCCAGGAGCUCAAGGGUAAUAUCCGGGUGUUUUGCAGAGUGCGCCCCCUACUCACUAGUGGUCUCAGCAAGCACAUCCAGCUGCCAGUGAGCGACAACAAGAUGAUCACACUGGCCAAAACUGAGGAGUCUCACACAGGCAAAACUGCAGACACUCAGAAGAAUUACAACUUCAGUUUUGACCGUGUGUUCGGACCUCAGGCUUCACAACACGAGGUGUUUGAGGAGAUCUCUCUGCUGGUUCAGUCCGCCCUCGACGGCUACAACGUCUGCUGCUUCGCCUACGGCCAAACAGGAAGUGGAAAGACGUUCACCAUGGAGGGAGGAGACUACGAUGAGAUGAGAGGCGUCAUUCCCAGAGCCGUGCAGCAAAUCUUCAAAGCAGCAGAGAAGCUGGACUCCCAGGGCUGGGAGUUUACUUUCACAGCGAGCUUCGUGGAAAUCUACAACGAAACCCUGCGAGACCUGCUCUACACCGGUAAGGCCAACAAGAGGCCUGAGUACGAGAUCCGAAAGUCCUCAAACAAUGAGCUGACCAUCACUAACCUGACCUACCAACAGGUCUGCACCGAGGACCAGGUCCUGGGACUGAUUAACCUGGCCAAUCAGAACCGCUCCACGGCCCAAACUGCUCAGAACGACCGCUCCUCCCGCUCACAUUCAGUCUUCCAGCUGGAUAUCGAGGGCGUGAACUCUGGCAGAGACGUCAAAUGCAAGUCCUCUCUGUGUCUCGUGGACUUGGCCGGCAGUGAGCGAAUGAUGAAGAGUCAGUCUCAGGGCGAGCGCUUCAAAGAGAUGACGGCCAUUAACGGCUCUUUGUCCAACCUGGGGAUCGUCAUCACAGCGCUGGCCAACAAGGAAAGUUACGUUCCAUACAGGAACUCCAAGCUGACGUACCUUCUGCAGGCCUGUUUGGGAGGAAACAGCAAAACCCUGAUGUUUGUGAACAUUGCCCCGGAGAUUGACAGCUUUGGAGAAACCCUCAACUCUCUGAGGUUCGCCAGUAAGGUGAACGACUGUGUGAUUGGGACAGCGAGUGCCAACAGGAAGUAGGAGUAAAGCAGGAAGUUUACCAAGUUUUUUUUUUCUUAAUUGUACAUAGUUUUUUUUAUAUAUAUAUAUUCUAAUCAUCACAUCAAAUCUCAAGUCUUUUCCUGGCACCACCUACGAAACUGCAGGUUUUCUUCCAGCGUUUCCAUCCACCCUCAUGAACAGGUCAGGGAUCAGUUCAAAAUGUCUUUAGGUAAAGUCGGAAAAACCUGAAGGACUCGGUCCCUCAGUCUGCUCCUACUGGAUCUUCACCAGUUGAUUUUUAUUUCUUCUUAGUGAACAUGAAUUUGAUUGUUUGUCAUAUUUUUAACAAUUGCUACAUUUACUCUUUUUGUAAUGGUUAAAGUAUUGGUACUGUCACGUUGCAUCAGUAGUGGUCGAACGAGGUAAUUACACAAAAACACACACUUGCUUUAAGUCAGGUUUAUAUUAUUGUGUAAUUAUAAUUUCAUUUUCUAAUUAGAGGGGGUUGGGGGGGGCGACAAGCAUUGAAAAUAAAAUUUCAACCUCAAAAAUGUGGGUGAAACUUUAUUGACAGGGCACAGAAGUCUAUUCCACCAGAUGUCGCUGUUAUUUGUGAUAUGAAAGUCUCGCUUAAACUUUUUUGUAUAUUAAAUCUUAUACACAUUUUUAAACCUAGUUGUGGGUGGCAUUGGGCUAGGUGUUGUUUUCUUUAUUCUAGGUUAUAAUCCUGCGUUUCACAUGCUAAAUGUUAGCCGUUUCAAAGGCCAAAGACACCAAUCUAUGUUUAUUCUCAGGAGCUGAACUCGUCGUCACCUGCGGGGGCUUUAAAACCGUCUUACAUGUAACUCAAGCUGGUCUGACGUUUUGAUGUAUUUACAUUUCUUAACUAUUUCUGACUAGAUCAACCACGACAUAUGAACCCAUUUAAUUAAAAAAAUGUGUAGUACA